GUGCUGGCUGGCAUCCUCGUCAGCUUUGAUCCCGCGCCCUGCUCCGCUGCUCCGUGGCCGCCAUGGCGUCGCCCAUGCUCUCCGCCACCACCGUCCCGCUCCAGGGCGCCGGCCUCUCCGAGUUCUCCGGGCUCAGGAGCUCCGCGUCGCUGCCGCUGCGCCGGAGCAAUGCCGCCUCCGACGACUUCAUGAACGCCGUCUCCUUCAGGACCCACGCGGUCGGCACGAGCGGCGGGCCGAGGCGGGCCCCGACGGAGGCGAAGCUCAAGGUGGCGAUCAACGGGUUCGGCCGCAUCGGGCGCAACUUCCUGCGCUGCUGGCACGGGCGCGACGACUCGCCGCUCGACGUCAUCGCCAUCAACGACACCGGGGGCGUCAAGCAGGCGUCGCACCUGCUCAAGUACGACUCCACGCUCGGCAUCUUCGACGCCGAGGUGAGGCCCGAGGGCGACAACGCCAUCUCCGUCGACGGCAAGGUCAUCAAGGUCGUGUCGGACCGCAACCCCAGCAACCUGCCCUGGGGGGAGCUCGGCGUCGACCUCGUCAUCGAGGGGACGGGGGUCUUCGUCGACCGCGAGGGCGCCGGGAAGCACAUCCAGGCGGGGGCCAAGAAGGUGCUCAUCACCGCGCCGGGCAAGGGCGACAUCCCCACCUACGUCGUCGGCGUCAAUGCAGACCAGUACAACCCCGACGAGCCCAUCAUCAGCAACGCGUCCUGCACCACCAACUGCCUCGCGCCGUUCGUCAAGGUCCUCGACCAGAAGUUCGGCAUCAUCAAGGGCACCAUGACCACCACCCACUCCUACACCGGCGACCAGAGGCUGCUGGACGCCAGCCACCGCGACCUGCGCCGCGCCCGCGCCGCCGCGCUCAACAUCGUGCCCACCUCCACCGGCGCGGCCAAGGCCGUCGCCCUCGUGCUCCCCAACCUCAAGGGCAAGCUCAACGGGAUCGCGCUCCGGGUGCCCACCCCGAACGUCUCCGUCGUCGACCUCGUCGUGCAGGUCUCCAAGAAGACCCUCGCCGAGGAGGUCAACCAGGCGUUCCGCGACAGCGCCGCCAACGAGCUCAGCGGCGUCCUCGAGGUCUGCGACGCGCCGCUCGUGUCCGUCGACUUUAGGUGCUCCGACGUCUCCUCCACCAUCGACGCCUCGCUCACCAUGGUCAUGGGCGACGACAUGGUCAAGGUCAUCGCGUGGUACGACAACGAGUGGGGAUACUCCCAGAGGGUCGUCGACCUAGCUGACAUCGUCGCCAACAACUGGAAGUGAAGCGUUGCGUUGUAACCCAUCCUCGAAUUCGAAAUUUUCCCCAGGCUCUUCCCUGAUGAUGAUUUGUAAUGAGAAAUCGAGGCCCCAAAACUCCCCAACAGUCUCCUUUCCUUUUCCCCCUCCCUCUUCUCUCUGAUUUUUCAUUGUCGAGGGACGGAUUAUUAUCGACUUCCGGCAAAGGAAAUCGCAACGCUGUAUAAUGUGGAUUUGUAAUAUAUACUAUCGGUUGCAAGAUC